AGUCUCUCAUUGUACUACAAAGGAGGAUUUGAACAGAAAAUGAGCAGGCGAGAAGCUAGUCUUAUUUUAGGUGUAAGUCCGUCUGCUGGCAAGGCCAAAAUCAGAACAGCCCAUAGAAGAAUCAUGAUUUUGAAUCAUCCUGAUAAAGGUGGAUCACCAUACUUAGCAACAAAAAUAAAUGAAGCAAAAGACUUGUUGGAAUCCAGUGCCAAAAAUUGA